GCACGUUACCAUGAAGCGGUGUUUUUUCGCUCAGUACAGUUCUCAGAGCUGCCUUCUUUCCACAUGAGCAAUGGCAGCUGCGCGUUGCGCCACCUUCUCGUCCCUCACACCCUCCGUUAACCCUACCGCUGCCACACGAACGAAGCCAUUAGUAGCGGCUUCUCUUCGAAAACCCACGAGUAGAAAAAACUAUCUCCGCCCCAAGAUUCUCAAAACCCUAACUAAACCCUCGCCAAACCCCGUAAUUCCCAUCAUAUCUCCCGAAACCAAAACCGAGACUCACCUAGAUUUGGAGUCCCUAACCGAACAAAUCUCCGGCGACACAAAGGCAGCCGCCGACCCCGGAGAGGGCGAUAAAGUCGAGGAAUUUCGAGCGUCCGAGACAUCUGUUGAAUACGAUGGCAUUUUCGGUAAACUUUCGGCUGGGUCCGUCCUAAAAUACGGUGCGUAUUUUGUUGGGGUCUUCGUGUUACAAACAGUAUGUUCGGUUUGGAUAAUGGGAAGUGGCAAUUCUGAUAGAAAAGAAAGGAAUUUGGAUAAUUUGGAUUCGAGUAUUACCGAAAGCAACAAAGGGAAACUUUUGGUGAAUAAAAAUGGAAUCAUAUCUGGUGCAAGCAACGUGGUUUUUGCGCAUGACUCUGAAUUGGAAAGGAAAAUUGAAGAAAUAAGAGCGAUGGCUAGGGAAGCGCGGAAGAGUGAGGCAAAGGUGGAGGAGGAAGAUGAUGAGGACGAAUAUGAAAUUGACGAAGAGACUGCGAUAUCUAGGCAUAGAGCGGGCAUUGAGAAAGAAAUGAGUGCAACAUUGAAUAACUUGCAGAAGAGGUUGGAUUCGCUUCCAGAGAAGUUACCGGGAUCUUAUGUUAAUUAUCUUGGGAAGUCUGGGAAGAUUGAAAAUGGGGCAAAUAGGGAUAAUUUGGAUUCAAAAGGUCCGAAUGGAGCCUUGAUGUUUAAGAAGAAGUUAAAAUUUAGAAGCCCUUCAACGAAGUCAAUUGAUGGUCCUAAGGGUUUUCAAGGUACUGGAGAUCGUAAAGUGCCUAACAAGAAAAAAAGAAGCUCGGGUCGUGCAGGUAGAAUACGCGGAGAUGGAACUGUCAGUGAUGACGGUUUAGAAUUAUUGGACCCUGAACAACAGCUGGAGCGACGGCAUAGUGUUAAUCCUGAAAGCACUUACAGGACUGUAAAGGAAGAUGAUGAAAUGAUAUCACUAACGCAAGAUUCAACAUCGAAAAAAGAUGGGAAGAUGUUGAAGGAAGAAAGGCAGGGAUCGGAUUUGGGAAUGAAAAUAAGAGUUGGAAAUGCUGAACGGAGAACUGGUGCUGUCCAGGAACCUAGCCUAGAGAGGCCUUUAGUUGAAGUAGAAAAUUUGCAACAAUCAGCAAUGCUGGAGAGUCAACAUUUUCCAAGAUUCAGAAGAGGAAACCGGGAAACUCACAUGAAAUCUGAUAAGCAUGCUGUGUUGAAUAAAAAUCGCAGUUCAAAACACAGAGAAGUUGGGGAUCAAAUGCUGGUCAACAAGUUCAGAGAAAAGCAACCAAACAUUGAGACAGAUUUCUGGUGGUUGAACCUUCCUUACGUUCUAGCUAUAUUUAUGCGUAGAGGUUCUGACCAUGAAGGACAGGCAGGAUUUUACAACUUAAAGUUUGGUUCCCAGGCCCAGGAACAAAGUAACUCUUCCUAUACUGUUGCGUUCGAGGAUCGUGUUGAUGCCAGGAACUUCUGUUUUCUACUGGAAGAUUUUUUUAAAGAUCUGGGUGAUUUUAGUGCCGACAUUCUUCCUUUGUCAAUAAAGGAACUUCAUGAAGCAGUAAAAGCAAAUGCCAUGAAGGUAGUUGUUGUGAAGAAGAGACAGCUUCAGCUGUAUGCCGGCCAACCGUUUGCUGAUGUGGAGAUGGCUUUGCACUCUUUGGUUAAAGGAGAUCAAAAUGCCCCUAUGCGCAAUUCAUGAUAGAAUGCAGACAUUGUUUCUGAUCUUUGCACACUCUAUGGGGUCCAGAUCGCUUCACUCUAUUUUUGGCAAUGGUUGGUGUAAACAACCACUUCCCUCCAUCUUUGCGUUAUUUCUACCUUUGCUGGUGAAGUUUUGACAGUGGCAAUUCCGCUACGGAAUUAAA